AUGACAACAGCCGUGGCGAGUCUGCUUCACAACCCCGAGCUGGAUGUGUUCAGUCGUUACGGGACCACCUACAACUUACGGCCGCAGACGACCUACCCCUCGGACUACAGCCAGGUCGGGGCGAAUUACGACCUCAGCAACUACCCUGCUGAGUACGCCGCCGCCGCUGGUACUGGCGCCACCCUCGGCCAGCAGCAGAAUCCCGACCCUUACACAACUGGCUUUGGGCAGGACAACACUUACUACAACAACACUAACUACGACCAGGCCUACGACUACCCGGACCAGGACUACGGCCAAGCGGAUCCCACCAACGAGGCUUCGAAUCCCUACAACGAGGCCUCAUACCUCUACAACGACUCAGAUCCAUACAACGAAGCUUCAAGCCCUUACAACGAGGCUUCGAAUCCCUACAACAAAACUUCAGACCCGUAUAACGAAGCCUCGGGUCAAUAUGCUUACGAGGACGGUCAAGAGGCCUAUGAUGAUCCCGCCGCUGGUGACCUGACCUAUGAUCCGCUGUACACUUACGAGCGACCGGUAGCCUAUCAACAGGGCGCCAACCUAUACACUGGGGGAGAGUUCCAGGGCACUACCGAGGUCAAAUCAGCAUACCGAGCUUACGACAGCUACAGGAAGCCCACGACUGGCCGCCGAAAGCAGGACCAACUUCACCCGGAAGGCGGAGUAGCAGGCGACACCGAGCACCGGACACAGUACCAAGGCUACACCGCCCCUCGCCCUCUCGCUUACCGGCAGGGCGCCAAUCUUGCUCCGGGGGGCAAGUUCGAGGAAGGGACAGAAUACAGGCAGCAAUACCCGGAGAAGAAGAGCAACAAGAGAGCCGCGAGGAAGUACUCGGACAACUUAAAGCUCGAGGGAGACCUUGCCCAGGAGACAGAACACCAAAGACAACACCAACCACACCAAACCCAACGUCCUGUCCUUCAGAGGCAAGGCGCUAACCUCAAGACAGAAGGCUCUUUCUCUCAAGACACAGAGUACCGCCAGCAGUACCCACAGAAGCAGUCCGACAAGCGUGAGGCAAAGAGGUAUUCGGACAACCUAAAGAGUGAAGGAGACUUUAGUGAGGUGACAGAGACUCGUGAAAAACACAAACCUUACCAAGCCAAACGCACCGCGCCGCUAAAACAAGGCUCUCAUCUCACAACAGAAGGAAAUUUCUCCAAAGACACAGAGUACACACAACAAUUUCCACAAAAACGUUCGGAUAAACCCACUGCCAAAAGACACUCGGAUAACUUAAAGCCACAGGGAGAGUUUGGCGAAACAACCGAAACUCAGGACAAACACAAACCAUUUCAGGCGACAAAACGCACAUCCAAGAAGCAAGGGGCGUACCUGUCACCUGGAGGCAGCUUCUCUAAAGACACAGAAUACACUCAGCAGUUCCCAAAGAAGAACCCAGAGAGACGUGAAGCGAAGAGAUACACAGAUAACCUGAAAACAGAAGGUGACUUAGAGGAGAAAGAGACAGAAACUGCCGCUAAACACAAGCCUUUCAGAGCCAAAAAACAAUCUCCAAAGAAACCUGACACCAACCUUUCAGUACAAGGUAACUUUGCUGAUGCUACAGAGUACAAGCAGCAGUUCCCAAAGAAGGACCCAGAGAGACGUGAAGCGAAGAGAUACACAGACAACCUAAGAACAGAAGGUGACUUAGGAGAGAAAGAGACAGAAACUGCCGCUAAACACAAGCCUUUCAGAGCCAAAAAACAAUCUCCAAAGAAACCUGACACCAACCUUUCAGUACAAGGUAACUUUGCUGAUGCCACAGAAUACAAGCAGCAGUUCCCUAAGAAGGCGCCAGAUAAACGCUCCCCAAAAAGGUACUCUGAUAACUUGAAGCAGGAGGGAGACUUUGAGGAAGGAACUGAAACAAAAGAAAAGCACCGCCCUUUUAAGGUCGCCAAACGGUCACCCCUCCGCCUGGAGGCGACACUCGCACAGGAGGGAACCAUUUCUACAGAAACAGAGUACCACAAGCAGUUUGAUUCCAAAAGAAGUGAUAGAGUCCCAGCAAAACGCUACAGUGAUAAUCUAAAGCAAGAAGGUCACUUUGGCGACGAGACGGAGUACAACGACAAACAUAAGAAACUAGACGUCCAUCGGCGCCCUCAGCUCCGGAAGCACAUCUCGAACCUUUCCACUGGGGGAGACUUUUCCAAGGACACAGAGUACCGACUGCAGUUCCCACAGAAAGCCUCAGACAGACAGAAACCCAAGAAGUACCUUGAUAACCUGCGUCCAGAGGGAGGCGAGCUAACCAAAGCUACUGAAUACGGGAGAACAUUUGGGGCGAGGACUGUGGAGAAGCGCGGCUCCAGGAAGCCCCUUGACGUUCCCACGCAAGAUUCUUUAAAGGAACAAUCCAUUCAGCCUGAGAGAAAACAUGACAGACACGAGACUACCGGGAAUUCUGAGGAAGUGGCUGGGAACAUUGAGCCAUACCAACCUACCGAUCCUUCCAAGCCAGAGAGGAGGCGUGCGGGAGGACCUUUGAAGAGUGAAGGAAAGCCUACAGGACACACAGAGUACAAGUCUAUGUACCAGCGUCUGGAGGGACAAAACCGUCGCUCAUACCGUGCCCCAGAUAACCUCAAGACAGACGGAAUCUUUGGGGAUAGAACUGAAAUUAAGGACCAAUACCGCCACUUUACUGUAGAAAGACCAGCUAUCCAGCGCCAGAGGACAAGCUUGAGACAAGAGGGGAAGUUUGGUCAGUCAACUGAAUUCAAGGAUAAAUUCCGGGCACUGGAUGUAACGCGGCCAAUCAUCAAGAGGAUGGCACCAAACCUGAAACCUGAAGGAAACUUUGGCGAGGUCACUGAAGCUCACGACAAGUACAAAGACCUUGGCACGCACCGCAACAUUGCUCCCAAACACGGUUCCAAUAUCCGAACAGAAGGACACUUCGGGGAGAAGUCUGAAAUCAAGGACAAGUACCGACAGUUUGAGACACACAGAAAAAUAGCACCAAGACACGGUGCCAGCCUGAAGCCCGAAGGUGACUUUGGAGAAACUUCGGAGCUUCGAGACAAAUAUAGAGCAUUGGACCCUCAGAGGAACAUAGCAAAGCGACACACUGCCAACAUUAAACCUGAAGGGAACUUUGGGGAAAUAUCAGAGCUCCAUGACAAAUAUAAGCCCUUGGACACACACAGGAACAUCGCCAAGCCCAUCAAGGACAAAAUCGUGAUAGAAGGAGAGUUUGGGGAGAUGUCUGAGGUCCAUGACAAAUUCAAACCAAUGGAAACGAAGAGAAACAUCGCUAAGAAACAUUCAGCGAAUCUCAAGCCAGAGGGGGAUUUCGGUGAAACCUCUGAGCUCCACGAUAAGUACAAAGCUGUGGAGCCUAAGAGGAACAUUGCAAAACGACACUCUGCCAAUAUCAAGCCUGAGGGAGAGUUUGGAGAGAAGUCUGAGCUACACGACAAGUACCGAGCCCUCGAACCUAAGAGGAACAUUGCCAAAAAACAUUCAGCUAAUCUGAAACCCGAGGGAGACUUUGGGGAAACGUCUGAGCUUCAUGACCAAUACAAGCCUCUAGAGACUCAGCGUAACAUUGCAAAGAGACAUUCGGCAAAUCUAAAACCAGAGGGAGACUUUGGAGAAACUUCUGAGGUACAUGACAAAUUCAAAGCCCUUGAAACAAAGAGAAACAUUGCCAAGAGACAUCCGGCAAACCUAAAGCCAGAGGGCGAGUUCGGUGAAACAUCAGAGUUACAUGAUCAAUAUAAAGUUUUGGAGAGUCAACGCAACAUAGCCAAGAGACAUUCGGCCAACCUGAAGCCCGAAGGAGAAUUUGGCGAGACAUCUGAGUUGCAUGACCAAUACAAACCUCUUGAGACACACAGGAACAUUGCUAAGAGGCACUCAGCAAACCUGAAGCCGGAAGGAGAGUUUGGCGAGACGUCUGAGCUACACGACAAGUACCGAGCUGUCGAACCUAAGAGAAACAUCGCAAAGAAGCACUCUGCCAAUCUCAAGCCAGAGGGAGACUUCGGUGAAACUUCUGAGCUUCAUGACCAAUACAAACCUUUGGAGACUCAACGAAACAUUGCAAAGAGACAUUCUGCAAAUCUGAAGUCUGAGGGCGAGUUCGGUGAAACGUCUGAGGUUCAUGCCCAAUACAAGGCCUUGGAGAGUCAACGAAACAUUGCCAAGAGACACUCAGCCAAUAUAAAACCUGAGGGGGACUUCGGGGAAAUCUCAGAGCUUCAUGACAAAUACCGGGCAGUCGAGCCUAAGCGGAACAUUGCCAAGAAACAUUCGGCCAAUCUAAAGCCAGAAGGAGACUUUGGGGAAACCUCUGAGCUUCAUGACAAUUUCAAGGCUCUAGACACCCAAAGGAACAUUGCCAAACCGAUCAAAGACAAAUUACAGCCCGAAGGAGAGUUUGGGGAGACCUCAGAACUCCAUGACAAGUUUAAACCUUUGGAAACCCAGCGAAACAUUGCCAAGAGACACUCUGCCAACCUGAAGCCAGAGGGAGAGUUUGGUGAGACAUCAGAGCUGCACGACAAGUAUCGGGCCAUGGAACCUAAAAGAAACAUUGCCAAAAAACAUUCAGCCAACAUCAAACUAGAGGGGCACUUUGGUGAAACAUCUGAAUUACACGACAAAUACCGAGCCGUGGAGCCCAAGCGAAACAUUGCCAAGAAACACUCAGCCAAUCUGAAACCUGAAGGAGAGUUUGGAGAAACUUCUGAGCUCCACGACCAAUAUAAGCCUCUGGAGAGCCAACGAAACAUAGCCAAGAGACACUCCGCCAACCUGAAGCCUGAGGGAGACUUUGGCGAGACGUCAGAGCUUCAUGACCAAUACAAACCUCUUGAGACUCACAGGAACAUUGCCAAGAGACACUCGGCAAACCUCAAGCCAGAAGGUGACUUUGGCGAGACCUCUGAGCUAAAAGACAAGUACCGAAACCUUGAACCUAAGAGGAACAUUGCCAAGAAACACUCAGCAAACAUCAAACCAGAGGGACACUUUGGAGAAACAUCAGAGCUACACGACAAGUACCGAACCGUCGAGCCAAAGAGAAAUAUUGCCAAGAGACACCCGGCAAACUUGAAGCCCGAGGGAGAUUUUGGAGAAACGUCUGAGUUGCAUGACCAAUACAAGCCUCUAGAGACACACAGGAAUAUUGCAAAGAGGCACUCCGCGAACAUCAAACCUGAGGGAGACUUUGGUGAGACUUCAGAGUUAAAAGAUAAGUACCGAACAUUAGAACCUAAGAGGAACAUCGCCAAGAAACACUCGGCUAACAUCAAGCCUGAGGGACAGUUUGGCGAAAAGACAGAAAUCCAAGACAGCUACAGGAGCUUGGAAACACAGCGGAACAUAGCCAAGCGCCACAGUGCCCAGCUCAAGCCAGAGGGUGUGUUCAAUGGGACGACAGAACUCAAAGACAAAUACAAAGGUUUUGAAUCCCAAAGAAACAUUGCCAAGCGCCACGAGGCCAAUCUGAGAUCAGAGGGUGAGUUUGGCGAGACUUCAGAACUCCACGACAAGUACAGAGGCUUUGAAUCGCAAAGAAACAUCGCCAAGCGCCAUUCGCCAUACCUGAGGCCCGAGGGAGAUUUCGGGGAAGUGUCUGAAGUGCAUGACAGAUACCGAGGGCACGAUACGAGGCGUCCGAAGUUGGAGCGCGUGGACAACGACCAUUUAUGGAACGACGGUCCCAGAUAUGUAGUGGAAGGCAAGUCGGAAACAAUGUCCAAGUUCACUGACUACCCUGGGGUGAAGAGUGACGACCUGAGAGUGCCUCCCCGUUACGAACACAACGUCCCCACGGUGACUGUCGCCUGAGGACGUCGCGCAGGGUAUCCCAGAGGCCCUGCGUCACUCCCCACGUUAAUAGAACGUUUAUAGUCACUGUACCAUAUCGUGACUCCAUAAUCUCAUCUUGUGCCUCAACCUUGGCCUCAGCGAGUCUCCAGUGAGGCAGGCCUCAGGAGACAGCCUGCAUGAGGUAGGAACGCAGGCACCUGUCACGGUACAUCUCCACUACAUUUAAAAUAAUUUUCGUCCAUCAUCCCCGACAUCGUGCCACCUCCACAUCCACUUCAUCACAAUCAUACCAACACUAGCAACGGUCGUAGUACAUUCACCAAUUCACCAGAAGACUUUUAUAAACGUUACCUAUUCGCGCGAGGUAGUUGUUCAUGACGAAGCCUUAACUGAUGCUGGAUAAUUUUGACUCCAUGUGCACCUUUCUUUUCACAUCACAAUACUGCGUUAAUAGUUGCGCCAUUUCAUAGAGACAGAUCACGAGUAGCAAUGAAUCUAAAAAUGACAAUCAAUUCACUAUCCACUAUAUGUUACAUCAUCAUAGUUCCAGCGUACAAAACACCAGUGAGUCUAGAUUAGCUAGUUACAAAUAGUUUAAGAAUAGAUCAUAUCUCUAAGGCCUCGCAGCUAUUACUUUUAGCUUUAGUCGAUCAAUAAGUUUCCAUUUGUUUGAUGCCUUUCAUAAAUUAACCUUAACAUAUUGUGAUCAGACUGAAUCGUUGACAAGGCUGAUAUUUGUGUGUACAGAAAAACAUCAACUGGAAACUGUUUUCUUGUCCAAUAAAGGUUGUAUAACCGGUGCCUUACGGGCCGCCUACUUAAACAUCUACAAAACAGCCCUGGAGCUAUUGUUUGCUGAAAGGAGCUGACCCUAAGUUUAUGUACCGUUA